AUGUUUUCACUCAGCUUAUCGACCACCUUACUCGUGCUCUCCAUGGGCGGCAACCAGCUCGUUGUGAAUGGCCAAGCUGCCACCAACGCCUCUGGCUCUACUACUCGUGAAGGGGGUGCAGGGAGCAGCAGCAGCAGUCCCUCGUCAGCCAUGGGCCUGGCUUCGGGCCUCUCGCCCGGCUGUCAAGCUGCCGCCGGCGGCCUGCUCACUAGCGACUUUGGAGCCUGCUCUAACAUCAUGGGAUUGGUCUCAGUCAUCGGUGCUUCGGGAUCGGUGAUCCCUCCCCUGACUAACUGGAUCUCCGGCGUCUGCUCGGCUUCCCCUUGCUCAGCUGAUACCCUCAAGCAAGCUAAUCAAACCGUCAGCUCUGGAUGUAGCUCGGACAUCCAGAAAGGCUCUGGAAUCACGAUGGCCCUCCAGACGAUUGUCUCGAACUAUAACGGCGCAAAGGACUUGCUCUGCACUCAAUACACCUCAAACUCUACCUUCUGUGUGCCCUCUAUCCUCGGAAACGUCCAGACUGCCACCGGCCAGAACAUCACCAUUUCCGAGGUCACGUCGCUCCUCUCGGGUAGUAUGACCCCUGCUGGACAAGCAUUUGCCAACGUCCCCUCGGGAACUUACUGUACCGACUGUGGGCACGCCUUAGUGACCCAAUCGGCCGCCUUCCUUGCCUCCUCCAAUGGGGGAGGAAGCUCGGGGAACGCCAGCUCGGGCGGUGCGAUGAGCUCGAUCUCCAACACCUGUGGCGCCUCGUUCACCGACGGAAAACUGCCCUCCACCGUCCGCGUCGCCAACAAGAACGCCGCCGAUAACGCUAAGAAUAGCGCCGCCGUCCGUCUUCCUGGCUCGCUUCUUAUCGCCUUCUCCGUCGCUCUUUCGGCAUCCGCUCUCGCUCUUCUCGCCUAG